GCUGGAAGUCCUGAGCAGUGUGGUGGAGCUGCAGGCCUGAACAUGGUGAGGCUGGAGCUGGACCAGGUGGUGAUGAGGAGGAUGAAGGACGAAGACAUCGAGAUUGUCAAAGCUCUCAUCAAGGAGGGCAGUGAGGGAACAGAGAACCGCCUCAUCCUCCACAUCCUCACCCCUCUCUGCCUCUUCGUCCUGGCCGUCUUCUCCUCCAUCCUGCGCUGCCUCGUCCACUCCUUCAUGCUGGCCCUGGCCAUCCCCGUCUUCCUGCUCAUCGUCUUCCUGAAGAUCACCAUGCCGAAGUCCACCGUGCUGGGCAGCAGCCGGCCUUACUGGGACUACGUGGGCAGCAGCUAUCGAGGAGGUCAGGACGAGACGCUGCAGAACCCCUACUGCAGGAUCAGCGGCAAAACCCCGGCUAACAAGAAGACGAGGCGCAGAAUCGGAUCCAGAGACAAGGAGAAGGAUGCGUCCACGGAGAAGAUCAGCCCAGAGAGGGAGGAGGCGGCCGGCCAGGUGUUUGUGGCCGACAGCGACGGGGAGAUCCUGGGCUGCAUCUUCAGGGAGGCCGACACCAGACCGGGCGUCAGCCGGAUCUGCAGGCUGGUGACGGGCUGCUGGUACCGGAGGGAGGGUCUGGGCCGACUGCUGCGUCCAGAGCCUGGAGCAGAGGGACCGGAGGCCGGAGCCCACCGGGUCUACGCCCACGUACCCUACCCAUCCAAGGUGGGCGAGGCCUUCUUCAGGAAGCUGGGCUACCAGCUGCUGGGGAGGGAAACCGGUGAAGAAGACGACGAGGAGCUGAAACUAGAGACUCCAGAGAGGGGCUUCCUGGGAUACCUCACCAAGGUGUUCUACAAAGACUUGUGACUGAGUGAAGACAUGCAGGAGCUACAGAAGGUAUUAACCCCAUGGAAGUUUGACCCUUUGAUUGCUGUUCAACGCUGAAUCAUGGCCAGUUUAAUUUGAGUUUUUUGACAAGAAUUUACCAAUAAAGACUCUUUAGUGUCAGAGUGAGAACAGAUUUCUAUAAAGUAAUGUCAAAGAAGGCAUGUGGGAGACUGUGAAGUCAACUGGAAGAAGGUCUCAACUGGAAGAAGGUUCUUUGGUCUGAGGAGACCGAAAUGGAGCUUUUGUCCAUCAGAGCAGAGGUUUUGUUAAGGUGGUAGUCUUAUUUUGUUCUAAUUUCUGAACAAUGCAACCAAUCAACACAAAACUUGGCACAAAGAAAGAUAGAUUUAGUAGAAGCAUUUUACAUUUAGCUAAAGUCUGCCACAUUUGAUAGUUUCCAUAGCCAAUAGAUUUGGCGAGAUACAAAAAAUCUUGUGGAACAAAAAUCUUCAGACGGAAAAUAGCUAUCAACACCAAAUUUGGUGUGCUGACUCCUUAUUAAUGUAUGUUUUAAGUAGACAAUUUUUCCUACUUUUGUAUACUAGAAUGAUAACCAUAAAAAGAGUCCUUUUUUCCUAUUUGAGCAGAAAUAUUAGAUGAAGUAAAAUCUGUCUACUUAAAACAUCCAUAAUAACAUCAGGAGUCAGCCACACCAAAUCUGGUGUUGAUAGCUGUUUUCCUUCUGAAGAUUUUGUUCCACAAGAUUUUUGGUAUCUCGCCAAAUCUGUUGCUAUGGAAACUAUAAAAUGUGGCAGACUUUAGCUAAAUGUAAAAUGCUUCUACUAAAUCUAUCUUUGUGCCAAGUUUUGUGUUGAUUGGUUGCAUGUUUAGAAAUUAUAACAAAAUAGGUUGUUUAAUAAAUUAGGGUAGACUACCACCUUAAGCAAAUACAUCAUCCCCACCAUGAAGCACGGUGGUGGCAGCAUCAUGACUGAAGCGCGGUGGUGGUACAUCUCAAUAUCUCAGUUUAUAUAUUAUAUUUUUUGACAUUAUUUUGUAGAAAUCAUGGAAGAGUCUUUUUUAAUCAAAAAAUCUGAAUGAAUUCCACCAUGAUUUCAGUGUUUAAAAACAAUAAAAAAUUAAUACUUUAAAUGGGGGUAAAUGCCUUUUAUGAGUAUAAAUGUUCUGCUGAAGGUUUUUGGACAUGUAAGUUGGUAUUUAUGUGUUAUUUAUUCCAGUAUUUAUUUGCUGUAUGUGUUGCUGUUACGGUUUCUUUGUCAUGUUUUCAUUUUAAAACAACAUUUGCUCAUUUGAUAAAACAAAAGCGUGUUCAUUGUUUAAUAAACGACGUGCUGAAGCCUCA